AUGUCACCACCCAAGCUUGUCGAACUCAAGAAGCGGCUAGGCGAACUCUUCGAUGUAGGGUUCAUUCAGCCACCUAAGUCACUGUAUGGUGCCCUAGUUCUAUUCCAGCGAAAACACGAUGGAACUUUAUGUUCAUGCAUCGAUUAUCGAGCAUUGAACAAGCUCGUAAUCAAGAACAAGUAUCCGAUCCCACUCAUUAUUGGCUUGUUCGAUCAAUUAGGUGGACCCAAAUGGUUCACCAAGCUGGAUCUACAAUCUGGAUAUUACCAGAUGCUGGAAGAGCAUGUGCAACAUAUUAGACUUGUAAUGGAAAAGCUAAGGGAGCAUGAGCUUUAUAACAAAAAGGAAAAGUGUUCCUUUGGUAUGCAAGAAAUCCCUUUCUUGGGACACAUCAUUGGAGGUGGAAACAUACGAAUGGAUCUGAACAAAGUCAAGUCUAUCCUAGAAUGGGAACCACCCACGAAGGUAACGAAAUUGAGAUCAUUCCUAGGUCUUGCAAACUACUACAAGAGAUUUGUUAAGGGUUACUCUGCAAUCACCACACCACUUACCGACAUGCUAAAAAAAGGGAUGACUCGGAAAUGGAGUACACGAAGUCCGCAAGCCUUCGAUACCCUAAAGCAGGCAAUGUGUACAGUACAGAUCUUAGCCUUGCCAGACCACACCAAAUCAUAUUAA